AGUCAACAGUCCUUCUAUAUUGUCAUUGGUAGAAUGUUACUCUUGGUAACAACCAAUAAUAUAUAUUUUAAUUAAUUACUAGAUAUAUAUUUAAAAAAAAUAUAUAAUAAUAACAUAAUAAAAUUUUUAUACAAAUAUAUAUACAUAUAAUAAAUUGAAAUUUAUUAUAUAUGUAUAUAUAACGUAUAUCUAAAAUAUAAAAAUAACCAAUGAAAAAAUAGUACGCAAUAAGAUUUUGGACCUAUAAUUUUUUACCUUUAAUUUUAAAAAGAAUCAUUGGUUAUAUCAUUGGUUAUAAUAUUCUUUGUAUAUAUAUUAUGAAUUAUAUUCAAUUUUCAUGAUGUGUGGUAUUUUAUAAUUCAUUAUUUUGUUAAAAUUUUUAUAUAAUUUUUAUGUAAUUAUUCAUCUGUUCUUUAAAGUUGUUUCGUAAAAUAAUUUUGGUGCAAAUGAGUACGGAAUCAGAUGAAUAUCGUGAAAUCGAUAUUAAAAUUGAAAUUCAAAAAACAUUGAUUUCUAUUAACAAUACAACAUUAAAAAUAAAAAAUGAAUUGGACAUAAUUAAUGAUCUUAUAAAAAAGAAUGGACAACUUCAUAUAGCUGUAAUUGAUGCAAACAAGACAUUAACUACAAUAGCCCAAAACAUGAACAUAAAUGUUAAUAAUAUUUUAAAUAAUGAUGAAAGUGAAAGUGAAUUCCAAUUUAAUUUAAAUAAUCUAUCUUCUGCUGCUUUUAAAGAAAAAUUACUAGCAUAUUCAAAUAACAUGUAAUUUUUAAUUUUAUUAAUAAAUAUUUUGUAUAUUUA